UGACAUGGUGAAAAUCAUUGAGGAUAAUAUGCAAAUUAUUGAAAUUUGGGCAACACUAACUUAUAUGAACUAUUAGAAACGAUUGUGUUCAAUACAUUUCAAGGUAGCUAUUAAGUUCAUUCUGUAAGAUGACAGUAGCAAUUAGUGAUGUAUCAAGUAUUGUUUUAAUUUACAGUAGUCCCAAGAAAUAACUAGAAACAGUACAAUGGUGAACUCAAUACAGCCGCUGCUUUUCUUCUGCACCAAACCCUGCAUAUUGCAGAAAUGUCCACGGGAGAUAGUGGGAGACAGACACUAGAUGUGGUAUACAGGUCUCAUUAUCUCUUAUCGUUAUCUUCCACCUUAGAGCUCUGCCCGCCCCACAAGGUAAACACUGUUGAAGUGGUAACCCGAAGGUGAUAGAGACUGAGGGCUUUCAGGAUGUAAUUUUUUUCCACCUUCACUUCUGGCCCAAACUUUCCUAGGAUACAUUAUUGCAAUAAAUUUUACUGCCCGUUUCCAUUCGGAUGCACUUCAAUACUAGCGAUACCGCAGACAACAUGGAGAAUACACCUCAGCUUCUUUAGCGAUAUCGGAGACAACAUGGAGAAUACACCUCAACUUCUAGAUUUUAAAAGUUACUCUCGUACUUUGCCAUUUGGUAGGUUAACCCCCAAGGUUUCGCUAAGAGCACAAGUAACACUGCCCGCGAGAGCUUCCCUCACGUGACUUCCUUACAGCUCCGCGCGGAGGCACGCUGACGUCAAGACGUCAUGCGACGUCCGGACGUCAGCGAGUCGCGGAGCGUCUUGGGCGUCCUGUCGCGGUCGCUGGUUGGGUGGUGCUUCCCAGCUCAAGUCUUCCUCCCUGCUUCCGAAGGCGUGUUUGAAUCCUGCCCUUAGCGGGGGCGUCUUGGAGGAAACGGAGGCGGGGGUGAUGGCGCCGUCGCUUCUCGGGACCCUCUCCUGACGAUUCUGUCACGCGGGGAGAUGUGGACGCUUGCGGGUCAGGGCUGCUGGCGCAGAUGCGCGCUCGCGGCCUGGGCCACCCGGGCGGUGCGUCGGGGGCUGCCCGCGCCUCGCCCCGCGCCGACCCGGGGAGCUGCAGCCGAGUCCAAGCCUCCGGACAGGAGCUACAGCUCCGCGGACCGCAAGGAAAAAAUUGAUAUGUCUAGAUUCCCUGUUGAAAACACUAGAAAUUUCAGUAUCAUUGCACAUGUGGAUCAUGGCAAAAGUACUUUAGCCGACAGGCUCCUGGAACUAACAGGGGCAAUUGAUAAAACAAAAAAUAAUAAACAAGUUCUUGAUAAAUUGCAAGUGGAACGAGAAAGAGGAAUCACUGUUAAAGCACAGACAGCGUCUCUCUUCUAUGAUUAUGAAGGAAAGCAGUACCUUUUAAAUCUCAUCGAUACACCGGGCCAUGUUGAUUUUAGUUAUGAAGUAUCCAGGUCACUCUCAGCUUGCCAGGGUGUUUUACUUGUGGUGGAUGCAAAUGAGGGUAUUCAAGCCCAAACUGUAGCAAACUUCUUUCUUGCUUUUGAAGCACAGCUAUCGGUAAUUCCAGUCAUAAACAAGAUAGAUCUGAAGAAUGCUGAUCCUGAAAGGGUUGAAAAACAAAUUGAAAAGGUGUUUGAUAUUCCAAGUGAUGAAUGCAUUAAGAUUUCUGCUAAACUUGGAACGAAUGUUGAAAGUGUUCUUCAGGCAGUCAUCAAAAGAAUACCCCCUCCUAAAGUGCAUCGCAAAAAUCCCUUGAGAGCUUUGGUAUUUGACUCCACCUUUGACCAGUAUAGGGGUGUGAUUGCCAAUGUAGCAUUAUUUGAUGGAGUGGUUUCCAAAGGAGAUAAAAUUGUAUCUGUGCAUACUCAAAAGACAUAUGAAGUUAACGAAGUAGGAGUUCUGAAUCCUAAUGAGCAGCCAACUCACAAGCUAUAUGCAGGACAGGUGGGCUAUCUGAUUGCUGGGAUGAAAGAUGUCACUGAAGCACAAAUAGGAGAUACAUUAUAUUUACAUAAACAACCAGUGGAACCCUUGCCUGGGUUUAAAUCAGCGAAGCCAAUGGUAUUUGCAGGAAUGUACCCUAUAGACCAAUCUGAAUAUAAUAACCUGAAGAGUGCUAUAGAAAAACUGACUCUAAAUGAUUCCAGUGUGACAGUUCAUCGGGAUAGUAGCCUUGCCCUAGGUGCUGGCUGGAGGUUAGGAUUUCUUGGACUUUUGCAUAUGGAAGUUUUCAACCAGCGACUUGAGCAAGAAUAUAAUGCUUCUGUUACUUUGACAACCCCUACUGUUCCAUAUAAAGCUGUUCUUUCAUCAGCAAAAUUGAUAAAGGAAUACAGAGAAAAGGAAAUUACAAUCAUCAAUCCUGCACAAUUCCCUGACAAGUCAAAAGUAACAGAAUAUUUGGAGCCGAUUGUUUUGGGCACCAUUAUCACACCAGAUGAAUAUACUGGAAAAAUAAUGAUGCUUUGCCAGGCUCGAAGAGCAGUUCAGAAGAAUAUGAUGUAUAUUGAUCAAAAUAGAAUAAUGCUUAAAUAUCUCUUCCCUUUGAAUGAAAUUGUGGUGGAUUUUUAUGAUUCUUUGAAAUCUCUGUCUUCUGGAUAUGCUAGUUUUGACUACGAAGAUGCAGGCUACCAGACUGCAGAACUUGUAAAAAUGGAUAUUCUACUGAAUGGAAAUAUUGUAGAAGAGCUAGUAACUGUUGUACACAAAGACAAAGCAUACUCUGCUGGCAAAGCCAUAUGUGAACGUCUGAAGGAUUCUCUUCCUAGGCAGCUGUUUGAGAUAGCAAUUCAAGCUGCUCUUGGAAGCAAAAUCAUUGCAAGAGAAACUAUGGUGGUGAUAUUACCCGAAAAAUGAAACUUUUGAAGAGACAAACAGAAGGAAAGAAAAAACUAAGGAAAGUUGGCAACGUUGAAGUUCCAAAAGAUGCUUUUAUAAAAGUUCUGAAAACACAAUCUGAUAAAUAAUUGGUGGGAAAAUAUAAGGAAUUUUCAUAAAUUAAAAAUUGUGUAUCUUUUAAUUUUUCUUCGUAAUUUAUAAUAUGUUGAACACAACAGAAUGAAAAUUAUAAAAUUUGCUUGUUAUUUUCCAGGUUUACAGUUUUAAAUAACCUCUUGGCUUUUCUUUGAAAGAGAGUCAUCGGUGGAUAAGAGCAUAGAUUCUGAAGCCAUAUUGCCUGGUUUCAAAUUUCUGUUUCACCACUCACUAGGCAAAGUGACGUUGGCCAAAUUACCCUCUCUUUGUCUACUUACUCUUUAGUAAAAUCAGGAUUAUUACUAUUACUUACCUCCAUAGGCUGUGAAGAUUAAAUGAAAUAUGUUUAAAAUAUUCAGAAGACUGCAUGACACCUAGUCAGUGCUCAGUGAAUCUUAAUUUUUCAAGCAUAUUCCUUACUCACACUAAAAGGCCCCAUACUUAAGAUUCUAUCUAGUUUCAAGCCCAAGAUAAAAUAUUUUCAUAAUCACCUUAAGUAUCAAUUUGUUAGAUGGAUAUAUUUAGAUGAAAUAUAUGAAUCUGUUAUUAAAUAUUCAAAUAACAUAGUAUCUAGACAUGUGCUCUAGUUUUUCAUAAAAUUUUUACAAAUGUUACUUUGAAACUAGACAGUUUACAUAAGCAUAUAAAUUAAGGAUAGGGGCUGUCUUAUGCUGAGAAUUAAAAUGCACUUGUGCAAAGUGAUAGAUGUUUGAUAUUAGCAGCAGCUGUUAUUAAUGACAGUUUAAUAAUUACUGCCUAGAUUUCAUAAUUGAGGAGACUGAGUAAAUAACUUACUUAAGGUCACAUAGCCAGUAAACGGUUGUCUUACUUUGAAAACAUGUCUACUCAGUCAAUAAACAAACCAGAGGGCAGAUUGUAUUACAGUAAGAUAAAAAAGACUAUCAGUGAUAAAUUUUAUACAAGGUUGUUAUGAGAUAAUUAUAAAUUCAGAUAGUGGGGAUUUACCUAAAAUUGUGUAUGGAGGUUAAAUAACCUGUGGCUUAGUCCUAGUUACAUAAAUUAAUCAACUGUCUUCCCUAUUUCUUCUAGCUCUGGUAGAACAGAUGAAUUAUGAGAUCUCAUAACAGAAGUAUCAAUAUUUUAGAAAAUGGCAGUAUUUUUGAAACUAGAAAAGCAUUUUAAUAUAAUUUCUAAGACAAGAUGUUCUACCAUUAUUGCCAGGGGAAAGUUACAAGUUGGUACCUGGCACAUAAUAUGUUCGGUGUGUCUACUAUUUAGUAUUUGUGUCUUAUUAGUAUGCUUACAGUUUGGAUACUUUUCCCCUUUAACCUCUAACUUUUUAGGAAAGUUUUACUUGUAGUAAUAGUAGUACAGAGUAUUUUCCAGAUUUUUUAGCAUACUCUUAAGUUCUCUCCCCUGGCCACUCUCCUAAACAUGACUGAGAGUUGUGUAUCCCCCAGAGGACCUUAUAUUACUAAGAUUUUUGUGUACGUUAAAGUAACAUAAACUAUUAGCAUUAGAAUAGCCACCAUUUAUUGAGUUUAAUAUGUGACAGCCACCGUGCUGAGCUCUAUAGACAAUUCCCUCAUUCAAACUACAUGGCAGUGGAGGUACAGGCACCAUUACCAUCCCAUUUCACAGGGGAGGAAGCUCAGACUUGUGUAUCAGUAUUGUCCAACAACAUCACAGCUCUUGACAGCUGGGAUUCGAACAGUGGUUUCUUUCUCCAAACUCCAAUUCUUAGCUACCAUGCUUUAUUGCCUCUUGUGGAAAUAUCUUCAGUAGACUUAGUUUUUUGCUUAACAGCAGCUUAGCUCCUGAGUUAGGGAGUUAAAGUGGCAGGAAAGCAGUUUGCUGUGGACCUUGAGUAUAUGGACUUCAAACUUAAAGGGCAGUGAUGGAAAGGAGAUUUUAGACUCUGUUUCAGCUAGCACAUUUAAAGCACAGAAAUAACAGCUGAACUGUGCACCAAUCUUUAGCUUUUUCACUAAACUAUAUGACCUUCUAAGGUAGUUUGCACUAACCAAUACUUUAUUACCAGGCGUGGGACUGGGAGAUAAUACUGAUUUCACUUACUGUUCAAAAACCAUUUAUAAUACUUAAGGCUAUUAGAAGUUCAUUAUCUAGAAUUAAAGCAGCCUAUUUUAUCCUAACAGUCCUAUUUUUUAUUUAUUUUUAGAUUUCCUAUUUAAAUGUUUUAAGGAACUGUAAAUACGUUUCAGUCACAUAGGCAAUUAAGCAGGUAUGUAAGUGAUGCUUCUACUAGGUGGACUUAUAAAAAGCAAAAUAUGCAGAGAAAAGGAAGCAUAUUUCACUCCCCAAGGAGCAGAACUAAGAAUGAAUUAUAGGCAGAGACCUUGUCCUUUAAUUUAAAUCUAAUUGCAUAAUGACAACAAAUAAAAAGUAAACGCAAGCUCAUAGCUACUGUUAAUUUGUUAGAAUCUUUCAGAUGUAUGUGUUCAAUUUCACUGUUGGAAAUAAAAUUUAGAUAACUUA